AUGUUCAAUCAAAUUUCUGUAGGGAAGAACAUUCGUGUGAUUGACCCCUUCACCAUCAAGCCCCUUGACGCCGCUACUAUUCUGGAGAGUGCCAGAGCUACAGGGGGAAAGAUCAUCACUGUGGAGGACCACUACAAGGAGGGUGGUCUUGGUGAAGCAGUGCUGUCCGCAGUGGGGAGUGAGCCCAGCAUUGUUGUAACCCGGAUGGCAGUGAGCGGCGUUCCCCGCAGCGGGAAGCCCCAAGAGCUUCUCGACAUAUUCGGUAUCAGCGCUAAGCACAUUGCUGAUGCUGUGCGUCAGACCUUUGCGAACUAAGGACUGCACACGGGAUCCUCCGCUUCCU